AUGCACUCUUUAAAAAUAGCACAUAGAGAUAUUAAACCUUCUAAUAUUAUGUAUAUUGAUAAAAAAUAAUGGGUUAUUGGAGAUUUUGGAUGUGCUCUAAAAUAUGAAAAGUCUUUUGGUGUUUUUUAAAUUGAAGGAACUACUUAAUACUUACCAUAUAAAUAUCGAGUUUAAUUAUUGGGUAAAAAUUUUAAUAAAUCAAAAAUGGAUCUAUUUGAAAAUGAUAUAUAUGCUUUUACUCUAACUAUGUUGAAAAUAUAUAAACAAGAUAGUACACUUUAUUAGUUAUAAAAUAUGUUGGAUGAUUAAAAUACUUACAAAUAAUUACCUUAUGAAUUCUAAAUCCUUAAUAAAAAUUAAUCUGAAUUAUAAGCAUAUUUAUAAAGAAGUUUUACAAAAAUUCCUCUUUAAAAAUAAUUUUUUGAUGAAAGAUUUAACUAAAUUAAAAUUAUACUAAGAUAAAUCAGUACAAAAAAGGAAAACAUUAUUCCUAUUCUCUUUAAUUUAUUCCACUUUAACUUUAGAACAUAAACAUUGGCUUACCAAAAUUUCAUAAAAAAUGAAGCCAAAAAAUAUGAUGAUUUGAAAAUGUAUAUUGAAUUAAUGGACCCAUACUUUACUGUUUAAUCAAAUAUAUAAAUACUUCAAAUUACUUCAAAAACAACUUUUGAAUAAUAUGAAAUAAUUUCCGAAUAUUGGUUUAGACUAGGUAAUAUAAAUCAAUAAUUAAAACUUUGUUAAUAAUAUUAAUAAUUUUCAUAAGAACAUUAAUUUAAAUUAAAACUAUAGGAAUUAUCAAUUUUAAUGUUUUAAGAAGAAUAUUAAUAGGCUGAUUAAUUAAUUAUCAAUUUAAUAGAUGAUGAAUAAAAUAUGGACGACGUGACAUUCAUCCAGCUUUAAAUUAUAAAAUCUAUAAGAGGUAGAAUAUGGUUGGAAGUAGCAGAUCAAUUUGAAUAUUGGGUUAAUGAAUCUUAAACAUUUGUAGACUACAAAGAGAACUGGUUGUUUUUAUCUCUUGGCAAUUUAUCUUGGUUGUACAAAAGCUCAAUAAUUAAGCAUUAUUUUACUCCAAAGGAUGAUCAAAUACAAUAUUUCGUUAAGCAAGAGGACUAAGUAUUUUCUUUUUCAUCAACAUUAUAUCCAAGAUGGAUUGAACUAUGUAAUUGGAAAGGUAUUGACCAUUUGAAUAGUUUUAAAGAAAUGAUAAAAUAAUUAGAAUAAAGAGGGGCUGAUAUUUAUGGAAUUAAGAUUUUCAUAUAGUAAUUAAUUAAACGUAUUGAUAUGAGUGAUGAUAAAUAGAAAAUAAUUGAUUUUUAUGAAACAGCAAUUUUAUAUUAUGAAAUUCAUUUUCAGAAAUCAAAUUAUUUUUGGGAACUUUAUUUUCAUUAUUCUUAAUAUUGCUAUUCUAUAAAAGAAUUUGAAAAAUCUUUAGAAUUUGCAUUUAUAGCUUUAAAAUUAGUGGAUAUUGAUGAUUUAUAUUAGUAUAUUUAGAUAGAAUUAAUUAUAAUAGCUAUUUUAACAUAAUUAAAUAAUUUCGAUUAAUCUAAAGAAAGAAUUUCAAAAAUUUGGUAAUUUAUUAUGAAAAUCAACUCAAAUAAAACUAGAUCUAUAUUAUUAUAAAAAUUACAUUCUAUUUUUACAUUAUUUUUCAGAAAUAAUUAGAUUGUAAAUAUAGAAUUAAUUUAUAAAGAAUUAUCUAAUUAUUUAGAAUAAGAAUAAGAUAAUUCUAUUAUUAUUUAGUGUUAAAGAUAUAGAUCUGAUUUAGCAUUUUUUAUUCAAAAUAGAUAAUAAAUUAAUCAAAUCUAUCAAUCUUGGAUACCAUUUUGUUUAGAUACUUAGAAUUUUGAUCCUUAACUAUUUACAUUAUUUUACAAAUAUGUUUACACUUAAAAAUAAUUGAUGAAAAGUGAUUCUGAACAAUAAUAAUAUCUUUUAGAUUUGGGUAAAUUCAAUUAAAAUUUUAUUAUUUAUGAUGAAAUACUUGGAUUAAAAGGACAGGAAGUUUUACAUAUCUAAAAUAGUUAAUGGUAAUAUUUAUAAGGAGCUGAAUAAUUAAAUCAAGAAUAAUUAUUUAAAUAAAUGGCCAUCUAAUAGUAAUAGUAUUUCAAAUAUAAUUGUUAUCAAGAUAUUAAUAUCACUCAAAAUUUAAAUAAUGUCAUAAUAAAUUAUAGAUGA